UCCGUGCUCGAGCUGCCAAUCAGAGCUCGUGCGGGCUUUGGACUCUGCCUCGCGCUAACUGAUGCGCGUAGCGUCGCGCUGAUCCUCUCGCUCGCGCCGCAUUCCGAGAGAGAGAGAGAGAGAGAGAGAGAGAGACGCACGCGACCCGUACGUGGGGGAGAUACCGGCGGUGAGAGCGCGCGCUCUGCGAUUUUCUUUCUCCGUUCUCUCUGUACUUCAACAUCAUCACUUCAUCAGGUCCUGUCGGGCGCGUGAGGUGGGGGAAAAAGAGAGAGAUGCAAUUUGCGUGAGGGAUAUUUUUUUGCGUGCCCCGUCGGUUGCUUGCUUGCUUUUUCUCUGGAAGGGUCACUUUGCAGGAGGGAAAAUUUUAAUCAUCUUUACAACAUUACUAAAUAAAAUAAAAAGCUUAAAAUAUCGUGACGGAGCUUCUCUAGCAAAUACAAGGAGCGAAGGAGCGCGCGUGCAGCGAACAAGCAAACAAGCUUAAAGGACAACCUGCUGAAUUUGCGUCCCUGGUGCGCGAGGAGACUGAGGGGGGGAAGAAAAAGUCGCAAGAAUGAUGCGCGCGAUCUCCAUCUUCACCGCUCUGCUACUGGCGCUGCUGCGCGAAGGACCCAGCUGUGUCCAAGCGGUGGAGUUCGGUUAUUUUCCAGACAACAUUACAGUGCUGGAAGGGCAGAGCGUCAUUCUGAGGUGUAAGAUCGAUGAAGAGGUGACCCACAAGGCCUGGCUGAACCGUUCCAACAUCUUGUUCACGGGGAAUGAGAAGUGGUCUCUGGACACGCGGGUCUCGAUGGCUAAUAACAACGACAGCGAUUUCUCCAUACAGAUCGAGCGGGUAGCCGUGGCCGACGAGGGUCCGUACACGUGCAGCUUUCAGGCGCGAACCCAGCCGCGAACUGCACACGUCUACCUCAUUGUUCAGGUGCCCGCCAGGAUAGUGAACAUCUCUCAGGAUAAAUCGGUCAACGAAGGCGAUGACGUGAACCUCUUUUGUUUGGCGAUCGGACGGCCAGAACCCACGAUCACCUGGAAGGACUUAAAAUCUGGACGCACGUACGAGGGAGAGUUUCUGGACAUCACAGAGAUCAAACGGCAUCAGGCUGAAGAGUUCGUGUGCAUCACGAACAACGGCGUGGCACCACCGGAUACACACCACGUCAAGGUCACAGUGAAUUAUCCCCCCAUGAUCACAGACAUAAAGAACAUGCCAGCUCAAGUUGGGAAGCCGGCCAUCUUGCGCUGUGAGGCUAUGGCUGUCCCAAUGGCAGCCUUUGAGUGGUACAGGGACGACCGGAGACUGUCAGCAAGCGACAACGCGGUGCAGAUUAAAACCGAAAAGACGCGUUCCCUGCUGCUCUUCACCAACGUCACUGAGAAACACUUCGGCAACUACACCUGCUUCGCCUCCAACCGCCUAGGGGCCACUAACGCCAGCAUGCUUCUCUUCAGGCCGGGGGCAGUGUAUGGCGGAAGCGUGUCGCUAAGCGCCUGCCUAUCGGGACUCGUCUUCUGGCUCAGCCUCUCCAUCUCCGUCCUGCUGAAGGUCUAAAACGUCACCCCGCUUCGGAAAAGGAGUCUUUAAAUGACGAACCCAUCACUGUGAAUAAAAAAAAGAAUUAUGCAUUAACCCAGGAGCCAUCUCUUUGCAUCUUAUAAUCAAAAUCCUCCUCCCUAUCACCCACCUCCCCGUUCCCCUCCACCCCACUCAUCCCAUUCACACCAGUCUUUGGUACCCACUGGCCACUGCCUAUACCACUUCUCCAGCGAAGGUCACUUUUCGAUGUUCAUAGCUGUUGUGGUGAUGAUUGUGAAAAAAAAAAAAAAGAUCAAAAAAGAUAAAAAAAGAAAAAAGAUAAAAAGGUGUGAAGGUGCCGAGCAGAGCGCGUCGUUGUGUCAGUGUGCACGUGCUGGAUCAUGGCUGUAUAUUUGUGAAUGCUGUCACAUUAAUGGUGUUAAUGGGGAAUGUGAUAUGUGAUAUAUAUUUGAUGAUGAUGAUGAUGAUGAUGAUGAUGAUGAUCAUGGUUAGGUAACCUUGUUAACAAGCCGUGGCAGUUCACCAGCAGGCCGCGCCUCAGUGGCCUUCGCUCUCUCGGAUUUCUGAGCAGCAGAAAAUUGUUUUUUUUUUUCUGUGAAUGAUGUCAAAUCUCAUGUGUGCUCAAGGGUCAACAUUAGCAUCGAAAGGGGGUGGAGGGGAAAACUCUUUUCGUCCCUAUUCGUUUUUGCAUUCGCUGGAGGUCUUGACCCAGGGCAAAGCAUGUGACCCCAGUCUGGCCUUUUCAGUCCUUCCUCGGUCUCAUCGCAUUACUGCAUCAUGACCUUUCACCCCUUAGUGUAAAUAUAUAUGCAGCAGAGGCCACCCUAUGAUUCCACGCAUCUGAUUUACAGACUACAUUUUCCAUUUAGCCUCUCUGUUUCAGGCUUUGUUGGCUUGGAGGUUAUGUUUCUAGUGUCUUUCCCGAGUCCCGCCCGAUCCCACCUACCACCACACCCCCACAAAGCCGUCGAUCACCCUCCCUUGUCGCUUGUUGAUAGCAUGUACUGGUUAGAGCUGUUCCCGUUGUGCCGUCCAUCCAAGCCCGAGUUCCUCUCUGUAAAACCCUGCACUGUGUACAUUUAAUCUGCAAGGUUAACUGCUAAUUGCUUUUUUUUUUUUUUUUUUGGUGUUAAUCAUGAUCACGACUAUGAUGAUGAUGAUGAUGAUAACAAUAAUAAUGUUAAUAUGUGAAAUCGAUAUGACGAUAAUUACAUGUGAGGAAAAAAAAAAGAAAAAAGAAAAAAACAAUCCCAGAGUCAUGUGUGCGAAAAUAUUUUGUACUCUGCUCUCAAAAAUAUAUAAAUAUAUAUAAAUAAUAAUUAUAAUAAUAUGUUUUUUUUUUUUAAGUGUUGUGCUCUAUUUUGCCAUGAGAAGCUUUUUAAAAACCAUCGUGAUGAGCUGGAGCGCAACAAAACGUUGCUUGACUAAUUCAACGCGGGGAAAAAAAGGAGGGUUUUGUUGCGGCGCUUACGAAAAGGAGCGAUCCUCACGGAAUGGGAACAAUCGGAGAAAUAUAAAAUAAUUUGUACCUGAGUGUGUAUUCUGAGUUAUUUUUUUUAAGGCUCUGUACUGUAUCGAAUGUAUGCUAACAUUUCUGCUGUCUCAGCCGUUUUUCGCUGUAACAUUGUCAGCCAUUCUUAAGAAACUCUUCGGCCUGUUCGAAAAAAAAAAAAAAACCCGACAAAAAAAACCCCUGUGUGCUCGCCCCCUUCGUUCGUUCCUUCCUGCCUCCAGCCGCUUUUUUCGAGAGGGAGCCAAAUUAGUGGGAAAAUAGAGACGUAAUUAGCGAACGGAUCGCUAAGCGAGGGCGCCGUCGCUCUUCUCCUCAUCCCUCCAUCUGCUGAGGAGCAGAGCUCAUAAAUCAAGCUCAAUCCCGGCGCUGACAGGGACCCUCUUCAAGGACGACAGUGUCUCGGCGGUGACUAAUUAACCGCCACUUAAAGGCGCGUAGCGAAGACGCCGCGACCGCGUGCUCGGCGGCGCAUGGCUUAGCGCCGAGCACCGGUUUUCCGCACGCGCAUGCCGUAUGCAAUCUUUUACAACCAUGGACACGAAAGCAAGGUUAGGAGUCACGCAAGUGCUGUAUAUAGCAUGUUUCGACAUCGUCGUGUCCCCCCCAUAGCUAAUUUUUGUCAAGACCAGCAAUAACCAAACUAAAACAUAAAUGUCGAUGAGUAUCUAAUUGGCGUAAUCUGUUAAGUGUUUACCCGGAGUGCCAUGCUAAUCUAAUCCUGAAAGUGUUGUGUGAUAAAUUAAUGUCAUGUAUGUGAUGGAAAGAGCUCUGACAGAGGUGUUUAAAAGGUUGACUGGCCUAUAUGCGUCUCCAUACCUGUUCCAUCUCUCUCUUUUUUCUCUAUUUCUCUUUUUCUUCAGCUCUCUCGCGAUCUCUCGAUCUAUCAGACUAUGUUUUUUUUUCUAUGGUGUACAAAUCUGUACUGUAUAGCCACAAAUGCAACACACACUUGCAUGUUUCAUGAUUCCCCAUCCUGAAGAUUUUCUCGUUUUGGGUUCAAAUUUGAAGCACAAAAAUAUAACCUGGUCCCAGUGCUUUUUUUUAUUAUUUCUUUUUUCCUCUGUAUCUGUCAGUCUUCGUCCUUUUUCUUGUUCACGACUGCGCUGCCCGUGUAAAGCUCAGCGAUCCAUGGCGAACCUAUCUGUGCUCAUGUUUUCUCCUGAACAAAUAAGUAAACAACAACAAAAAAAUACGAUAACAAGUAUGUCAUGUUUCUCAAUGUGGGUUAUAUAAAAAAAAAAAAGCAUGU